AGCCACAACGUGAAACUGCUUCAGUAAUGCAAGACAGCUUGCCGUUACAUAGCAGGGACGACUGUCGCAUUACGCCAGCUGCCAUCCAUCUCAAGGUGGAGGACUCACACGAUGCUCUGUCCCUGAACCUAGGUAACUGCCAAACAGACGAGGCGAUAAUGUGCCAAAGCUUCCUUGCUUAUAUUCGAGCGGCAAUCUGAUGCAGCCAUGACACUAUUUAUAGAUAAUAGGUCACAUCACAGCAUAGUACCACAUGCUCCACCAACUAAUCAACCCUUCAGCUCAAAUUCUCGGCGACCACCAAUGUCGGGCUUGAUCCGUCGCAUGUCUAUGCCAGCUUCGCUCAAAGACAAUGAGGCAUCCGACUUGAAUGAAAUGAGUGCGUGUUGUUCUAUUUUUCCAACACAAGGCCCUCAGCUCUCGCGCCUUGAUACGUCCUCACAGCUUCAUGCCGAUCCCGAGAUGCAGUGCAUGAGCCUCCAUUCUAUCUCAUCAGAGGAAUUAACGCCGAACAAGGGCCACAAAGUUAGUAGCCCGGGUGAGAUGCUCGUUGAGCGAAAACAGACACAGUCGUGUUCAUAUGCGAGUGCUCGAACAUAUCCAUUACCACGUCAGAUUUCUAUUCAUGCCACAAACGAACUUCACCCGAACCAAAGCGCCGAAAGGCUGGAAGUCAUGCCCUCAGCAGACAUUCACAGCCUACCUCCACACGAUGUGGGACUUCAGGGGACGACCGGAGCUAUUCGCAGGCGAAGAAGGAGUAGUACUGGCAAAGCCAUUAUUAGUACAACUGUUGCUGAGGCAUCUUCGAAACAAACCACUACCCAAUUUGGUCUUACUAGGGACAUUACACACACUAUGGCUGCUCCCCAAAUAGAUUAUAUACCAGCUUUGUCGCCAAAUACCAGGGAUUCAUCGAUGCUACCUCCCAAAAUGGAGACGGUUCCUAGUUCCAAGCAGCUAAUACAGCCCUUGAGGCCCGAAAGCAAUGCAAAUUCAGUGGAAAGUUGCACAAACAACAGCCAUAUGCUCCAACAGUCACUGCAAGGCGAGCAUCAAAGUAACUCUAGACGCGCACUUGAGGUGGCUGCUGCUUUGGCUUCAGCUGGCCCUUCUCGGAGCCACCCGUAUUUGAAACGAACAGGAAGCACCAAACAGCAAGAAUAUGAUAUCCUAGGUAUCGGUAGAGGGGCCGCUUCCGAGCCAAUGAACUCAGCUUCCAACCCAGACGAGGUUGUACCGCCAAUUGACGCCAAGGGACGCAGGCGUUCAUCUCUGAAGACAGCCAAGGGCAGAUCCCACCCAGGGGCGCGUGUUCAGUUUGAUUUGGAACAAUCUACGUCCCAAACAUACUCUUUAAGUGGAAACGAUGACUUUCAGCACCAGCGAGGCCAGCAGAAGGAGCGCUAUAUAAAUCAGAUGUUUAACAAUGCCGGUAGACAUUCACGGCACCAGUGGGACAGUAAUCUAGAAUUUAGCCUGGCUGAAGCCAAAACCAUGCAGGCAGCCUUAUUCAGCAAUCAGGGACACGGGGCGGCGAAAACGCAAGACUUACAUAACAUUCAUGCACAGUCAUUGCCAGUGUCUUUCGAUGUGCCUGUCUCCGAACGACCCUGCACCGGCAACACAGGCAAUUACAAUGAUAGCAGUGAUAUGCAAAUGUGUCUAGUACAAAACCAUGCUACAUCCUUUUCAGUGGGAGAAGAGAAGGCAAAUAGGGUUGAGGACGGGCAACAAUCACAAUCUGCAGCUCGCCGUAACUCUUGCCCGCCCGAUUUCAUUGAGUGCUUCAGUAAGGAUCUGCAGAUUAGUACAGCACAUUCCUCUUGCGUGCACAAUAGUUCUCAGACUAACGUUGCACUAAUGGCCUCAGAAGGUCAAAAGUUGGCUCAAUUUCAAGGCCAAAUCUAUUUUCAAUCACAAAGCCCUGCAUUUGGACGCCUACAGCAACCUGUAUUACAAGCACAAGGAAGCAUGGUAGCUUCUUAUCAACCACACCAGUUCCAGGAACAGCACCAGUUAAACCAACUGCAUGAUAGUGCUCAUCCGCUGCAGCAAAAUCAACAAAUGUAUACUUCCCUUGACGCCGACACGCGUAAUCCAGUUCAACAUGUCAGCCCCGAUCUACUCAUUCCUGGUCAAUCUAUGCCGCCUGACGGCCUCACUGCUGAGAUGAUGAGUGAAAUUCAUCAUCACCAACAAAUAUUAGUGACUCCGUCUACAAUACAAGGGCCAUCGACGUCCUUGGAGCUCGCAUUCCCUGAUAGGUAUUCAUUAUCCCUUUCAAGGCAAGAUCUACAUAUCUAUCAAUCAGAAAUGGGCGCUGCUGCUCCUAGGGAGGCCACUGGAAAUAGGAUAGACAGCUCUAAGGCUGAUCGAGGAGCCUCAUCUAGUUUGCGUAGCGCACGGUCCUCAGAACAGAUGCAACAGCAACAACAACCACUGCACCACCAUCCUCUGUUAUCAGAUUCUUUUCCACUACCACAAAUACAAACACCAAGAAUGUUAGCGCAGCUUCAGCAUCAAAUAGAGCAUGCUGCAUGGUCAAGGGCUAUUCCAGGGGCUAAUGCUCAGAGACCAGGCCCUCGGCUUUCACAGCCUAUAUUCUCACACAACCAAACUAUGAUUAGACGUUAUUCAGAACCAGGGAGUGUCCCGAAGAACCUUGCGGAUACCGUCUUAUUGCAACAAGACUCAACCCCGCAGGUUAGCUACGCGUCAUCGCUAUGGAAUCCUAUGGUUGGCAACCCACAACAGCAGCAACAGCAGCAACAGCAGCAGCAGCAGGGUUCUCAGUAUCAACAACAAUGGCAACGGGCAGCAGCCUUAGGCCCAUUGGAUUGUCCUGAAGACGCCGCCGUACAUCUGAAGGGUUUAGAGCUCCCAUUGUCGCAGUCAUUACACCCGCUCGACGCAUCGACAUCUAACAAUGGCCCUGGCGCCUCAUCAUCUGCACCAUUGCAAGCUACAGCCAUCACCCCACCGCAAACAUCAACGCUAUCUUUAGAUGACUCAAAGGCAAUCAUUACCAUGCCUUCCACAGCUUACAGGCUAUCAGACGCCUCAGCUACUUCCCCUUCAUCUCAAUCACCAUCACCGUUAGUAUCGACAGCGCAGAGUAACAAUAAUCCAACACGACCUCAAACGUGUAUCUGUACUGCAACAAUGCCAUCCAUAACCCUUGUAAGACACACUAUCAACACAUCUGCUACGGAGUGUGGUCACCUUCCAAGCCCAGAACAAUCUCCAUCAGCUGCCUCAAUUCCAGCUCCUUCUGCCAUGGAUAUGGUCUUGGUCAGCCAAGUGCAUGAAGCACCCUCGCUGAUACGUGCUCAUAGUCUGGAUUCGCUUAUGUGGCAACAAAACACACGAGAGGUUUUGACAAGGUUUGAAGAAAACGGGGCGCCAUCGACGUUGCGCAGGCAUUCUGAAGGGCCUUACCCCACAUUAUUUCCUAUUGGUGAUGAUAUACGGUCGCAAGCGCACCAAGCUAUUGCACAUUCACAACAAAAUCGAAAGCGACAGCAGCAGUCACAUCUCGAUCUACUUCCGCCAAUAUCCCCUCCCGUGCCAUUGCCCAGUCAUCCUUUCCAGUCUAGGUGUGGACCUUCUACUGAACAGCAGAUACAAGAGCUGUAUCAACAGCAACAUUACGUUCAACAAUCGCAUACGUCGCUAGCGUGGGUAUCUUCUUUUGGGCUACCAACGUUGUUGCAGUCUUUACCAUCGCUGAAUCCAGCUCAGCCACUGCCUUCACCAGAUCGGAGUGCUAUAAAUACAUCGAUGCUUAAUCUGAAAACACAACAGAUGGAGUGCCAUGAUUCGUUUUCAACACCAACUCCUGACGUGCAAGAAUGCAUCAUGGGAGGUCCGGGGCAUACGGCUAUUAACCGCUUUGCAGUAUCACAGGAGGAGCAGUGCCAGCAGCUACAGCAGUUGCAGCGGCCGGAAGACGCCCAAUCCCUCAAUAAAUCAUGUCAGAAAGCUCACUUUCCGCACGAGAAUAUACAGCAGCUGCCAGCACACGCGAUCCUUCCACCUUUUCCGAUGGAAGCAACAUUCAAUCACCAAGUGACCGGAGUAUCAACCAUAUCACCUCCUAAGGACUCUAGAGCUCUUGAAGAAUAUAAACAUCGAAUGUUUAUCCUGGAGCACCAACGAUUGCAACAACGGCAGGAACAGCUGAAGGGGGAAAGAUUGGCAGAGUCCUCAGAUUCUGUAAUGGAGUAAUAUUAAAUGCCCCUUAUGUGGGUGGCACAAUAAAUAAGCCACAUUUUAGAAAGAUAAAAGAAAGCUUGGUGUUUAUUUUCUUUUUUUUAUUCCUUUCCACUCAACAUCCUAGCCCUUAUGUUUUCGUAAAUAGGAAAUAAAGUACAUUGGGCUGUAUCCC